AAUUAGCCGGGCGUGGUGGGUGGGCGCCUAUAAUCCAAGCUACUUGGGAGACUGAGGCAGGAGAAUCUCUUGAACUUGAGUGGCGGAGGUUGCAGUGAGCCGAGGUUGUGCCACUGGACUCCAGCCUGGGUGACAAAUUGAGACUCUGUCUCAGAAAAAAAAAGUUAUUGGAACAACUGGUGAAAUUUCAGUGAGGGCUGAGUAUAGUGUGGUAUCAGUGGCAUAUUUCCUUAUUUUGAUAAAUAUAUUGUGGUUAUGUCAGAGAAUAUCCUGUCAUAACCGCAAUAUAAGAGAUACACAGUAACAAAUUUAUGGUAAAGGAGCAUGAUGUUUCCAAAGUACUCUCAAAUGAUUCCAGGAAAAACAUAAGUAGACAUAGAUAUAUACGCCUGUAUUAUUUUUCUAGGGUUUACCAGCCCCCACAAUUGCAUGAGCCAAUUUCUUUCUUUUUUUCUGUGUGUGUGUGACAAAGUUUCGCCCUUGUCACUCAAGGCUGGAGUGCAAUGGCGCGAUCUCGGCUCACUGCAACCUCCACCUCCCGAGUUCAAGUGAUUCUCCUGCCUCAGCCUCCCAAGUAGCUGGGACUACAGGUGCCUGCCACCAUUCCCAGCUACUUUUUUGCAUUUUUAUUAAAGACGGGGUUUCACAAUGUUGGUCAGCCUGGUCUCGAACUCUUUACCUCAAGUGAUCUUCCCUCCUCGGCCUCCCAAAGUGCUGGGAUUACAGGCGGGAGCCAACGCACCCGGCCGCUUUUACUAUUCUUGCAAAUUUUUUCAUUUGACAUUCCAUCGAAAUAAAAAGUUAAAAAAAUUCUUUUUCUUCUGAGGGGGUGUUUUAUCAAGGACACCUUUAUCAAGGGUCCCGGGCCUAAAAAUGUUAAGAACCCAUGAUUUACGGCUGAGGAGGCAACUUCCAUCCAAAAUCCUAAAAGUCAAGUUCCUGUGACCUGGCUUCCUGAACCUCCCCGCUCCUGCGCCCCCUGGAGGUCAGGGCCAGAACAACACGGCAUUCCUAUAAUGCUCCAAAUCGCCACAAAUCGACCUUGGAAAUCCUGGGUGAGUAACGCAGACUGCGCACAUGGCUUCAAUUAGCGGAACUAAAACUUGCUGAACAUCGUGUACCCGCGUGUCCAUGGCCAAACGCAAACUCCACCUUUGUAAAAGUCUAGGUGAAUUCCCAGCUGAAUUCAGAAGCGUGACAGGAAUGGGACUUUUCAUUGGUGUCUUUUUCUUUUUUCUAUUUUUAGAGUAGGGAGGAGUGUAUUUCUGGAUUGUUUAAAUAUUUACAAUGAGCAUGCAUUUCCUUUGCAAUUAAAAGAAAACCAGAUUUUUUUUUUUUUUUUUUUUUUUUUUGAGGCGGAAUGUUGCUCUGUCCCCAGGCUGGAGUGCAGUGGCGCGAUCUCGGCUCACUGCAACCUCUGCCUCCCGUGUUCAAGCAAUUCUCCUGCCUCAGCCUCCUGAGUAGCUGGGACUACAAGCGCCCGCCAACACGCCCAGCUAAUUUUUGUAUUUUUAGUAGAGACGGGGUUUCACCAUGUUAGCCAGGAUAGUCUCAAUCUCUUGAACUGGUGAUCUGCCUGCCUCGGCCUCCCAAAGUGCUGGGAUUACAGGCAUGAGGACCGCACCCGGCCGAAAACCAGAUUUUUAAAAAUUGAAGUUUGCUGUAGAAAAAUACUGUGGGAGAAAGUUGUGGGCGGUGUUUUGUAGAGUCGCAGAAGGACAUGGGAAAAAAAAAUUGAGUGUGUUUCUGUAAUCAUCAUAACAAUCACACUCAUUGUGCCGUAGGCUCCAAGGGAGGGCUCUGAGCUGUGGUUACCAGAUAAAAUACAAGAUUCUCAGGUAAAAUGUGAAAAAAAAAAUAUUUUUGUGAUCUUAACUCACUGCAGUCUUGAUCUCCUGGGCUGAAGUGAUCCUCCUGCCUCAGCCUCCCAGGUAGCUGGGACCACAGGCACGUGCCACCAUGCCCAGCUAAUUUUUAAUUUAUUUUGUUGAGAUGGGAUCUCACUAUGUUGCCCAGGCUGCUCUCAAACUCCUGGCCUCAAGUGAUCUUUCCUCGGUGUCCCCAUGCCCUGGGAUUACAGUUAUGAACCACCAGGCCCAACCCUGAAAUUUAAAGUUAACUGGGCAGUCUGUAAUGUGUUUUUGUUUGUGUGGGUGUGUGUGCUAAAUCAGGCAACCGUAUUCUGAGCAGAGGAGUGCUUUGAUCUGACUUAGAUUUUAAUAGGCUCCCUCUGGUUGCUGGUGGAGAUGAGACUACGGAGUAGGGGCAGUGAAGAUCCAAGAGAGGAGGCUGCUGUAAUGGUCCAAGCAGAAGGUGAUAGUGAUUUGGAUCAGGGUAACAGAGCCGAGGUGGUGAGAGGUUGACCACCUCUCAUGCAUCUAUUUCGAAGGAAAGGCCAUGUCCAGGCUCCUUAGCUCGGCAUUCAAGGCUUCUCUCCACCACUGGACACACUUACUCUCUAGCUUCUCAGACCCUGUUGCAGAUAGAAUCAUGAUCCCCAGUGAUGUCCACAUCUUAAUCCCCUGAACCUGUGAACAGGUGACCUUCCAUGGCAAAAGGGACUUUGCAGAUAGGAUGAAGUUAAAGAUCUUUAGAUGGGGGAGCGAUUAUCCUGGAUUGGGUCUGGGUGGGCUCAAUGGAAUCACAAGAGUCCUUAUAUGAGGAAGAUAGAAAUUUGAGACAUACGGUAGAGGAGGAGGUGAUGAGACCACAGAGGCAGGGACGGGCGUGGUGCAGCCACAAGCCAAGGAAUUUCAGGAGCCACCUGAAGCUGGGAGAGGCAAGGAACAGAUUCUCCCCUGGAGCCUCUGGAGGGAGUGGUGACAUCUUGAUUUUGGACUUCUGGCCUGCAGAACCAUGCCAAAAUAAUUGUCUGGCUUUUUUUUUCUUUUUUUUUCCUUGAGGUGGAGUCUUGCUUUGUCGCCCAGGCUGGAGUGCAGUGGUGCCAUCUUGGCUCACUGCAACCUCCACCUCCCGGGUUCAAGUAAUUCUUGUGCCUCAGCCUCCCGAGUAGCUGGGACUACAGGCAUGCACCACCACACCCAGGACUCCUUCGAUUAUACCACCCCUGAUUAUGGGCACUAUGAUGACAAGGAUACCCUGGACCUCAACACCCCUGUGGAUAAAACUUCUAACACGCUGCGUGUUCCAGACAUCCUGGCCUUGGUCAUCUUUGCAGUCGUCUUCCUGGUGGGAGUGCUGGGCAAUGCCCUGGUGGUCUGGGUGACGGCAUUCGAGGCCAAGCGGACCAUCAAUGCCAUCUGGUUCCUCAACUUGGCGGUAGCCGACUUCCUCUCCUGCCUGGCGCUGCCCAUCUUGUUCACGUCCAUUGUACAGCAUCACCACUGGCCCUUUGGCGGGGCCGCCUGCAGCAUCCUGCCCUCCCUCAUCCUGCUCAACAUGUACGCCAGCAUCCUGCUCCUGGCCACCAUCAGCGCCGACCGCUUUCUGCUGGUGUUUAAACCCAUCUGGUGCCAGAACUUCCGAGGGGCCGGCUUGGCCUGGAUCGCCUGUGCCGUGGCUUGGGGUUUAGCCCUGCUGCUGACCAUACCCUCCUUCCUGUACCGGGUGGUCCGGGAGGAGUACUUUCCACCAAAGGUGUUGUGUGGCGUGGACUACAGCCACGACAAACGGCGGGAGCGAGCCGUGGCCAUCGUCCGGCUGGUCCUGGGCUUCCUGUGGCCUCUACUCACGCUCAUGAUUUGUUACACUUUCAUCCUGCUCCGGACGUGGAGCCGCAGGGCCACGCGGUCCACCAAGACACUCAAGGUGGUGGUGGCAGUGGUGGCCAGUUUCUUUAUCUUCUGGUUGCCCUACCAGGUGACGGGGAUAAUGAUGUCCUUCCUGGAGCCAUCGUCGCCCACCUUCCGGCUGCUGAAGAAGCUGGACUCCCUGUGUGUCUCCUUUGCCUACAUCAAUUGCUGCAUCAACCCCAUCAUCUACGUGGUGGCCGGCCAGGGCUUCCAGGGCCGACUGCAGAAAUCCCUCCCCAGCCUCCUCCGGAAUGUGUUGACUGAAGAGUCCGUGGUUAGGGAGAGCAAGUCAUUCGCGCGCUCCACAGUGGACACUAUGGCCGACAAGACCCAGGCAGUGUAGGCGACAGCCGCAUGGGCCACUGUGGCCCGAUGUCCCCUUCCUUCCCGGCCAUUCUCCUUCCUCUUGUUUUCACUCCACUUUUCGUGGGAUGGCGUUACCUUAGCUAACUAACUCUCCUCCAUGUUGCCUGUCUUUCCCAGACUUGUCCCUCCUUUUCCAGCGGGACUCUUCUCAUCCUUCCUCAUUUGCAAGGUGAACACUUCCUUCUAGGGAGCACCCUCCCACCCCCCACCCCCCCCCCACACACACCAUCUUUCCAUCCCAGGCUUUUGAAAAACAAACAGAAACCCGUGUAUCUGGGAUAUUUCCAUAUGGCAAUAGGUGUGAACAGGGAACUCAGAAUACAGACAAGUAGAAAGAUUCUCGCUUAAAAAAAUGUAUUUAUUUUAUGGCAAGUUGGAAAAUAUGUAACUGGAAUCUCAAAAGUUCUUUGGGACAAAACAGAAGUCCAUGGAGUUAUCUAAGCUCUUGUAAGUGAGUUAAUUUAAAAAAGAAAAUUAGGCUGAGAGCAGUGGCUCACGCCUGUAAUCCCAGAACUUUGGGAGGCUAAGGUGGGUGGAUCACCUGAGGUCAAGAGUUCCAGACCAGGCUGGCCAGCAUGGUGAAACCCCGUCUGUACUAAAAAUACAAAAAAUUAACUGGGCAUGGUAGUGGGUGCCUGUAAUCCCAGCUACUUGGGAGGCUGAGGUGGGAGAAUUGCUCGAACCUUGGAGGUGGAGGUUGUGGUGAGCCAUGAUCACACCACUGCACUCUAGCCUGGGUGACCGAGGGAGGCUCUGUCUCAAAAGCAAAGCAAAAACAAAAACAAAAACACCUAAAAAACCUGCAGUUUUGUUUGCACUUUGUUUUUAAAUUAUGCUUUCUAUUUUGAGAUCAUUGCAAACUCAACACAAUUGUAAGUAAUGAUACAGAGGGAUCUUGUGUACCCUUCACCCAGCCUCCUCCAAUGGCAAGAUAUUGCAAAACUACAAUGCAGUCUCAUAACCAGGAUAUUGACAUUGAUACAGUGAAGAUACAGGACAUUCUCAUCACCACAGGGAUCCCCAGGAUGCCCACCUCCCUCCACCCCCACACCCCAGCCGUGUCCCUAACCCCUGGCAACCAGGAAUCCACUCUCCAUUUCUAUAAUGUUGUCAUUUCAAGAAUGUUAUUCAAUGGAAUCAUAAAGUAUGUAACCUGUUUUGAGCUUAAAAAAAAAGUAUACAUGACUUUAAUGAGGAAAAUAAAAAUGAAUAUUGAAAUGUUGUGUUA